AUGGAAAGUCUUUGGAUGCCGUUAGAGUGUGCCUGUAGGAUUCUAGGAGUGUCUACAGCAACAGUAUUGUGUGGAGUUGGGAUUGAGACAAUGCAUCAAGGACAUUUCACCAGCCUUGGCAUCUACCUACUCGUCUCAUCAGUUGGGAUCAUGUUAUUUGAGAUGGCCUUCUUUCUGGACACUCUUUUGGUCACAUGUCUGAUCUGUCCCCCAGACUGGCAGAUUUUUCUCCUGUGGGGUAAAAUGGCUCGUGUUGGAGGGUUCCAUAAGUUCCUUUAUUACUCCAUAAUGUCUGUAGUCUGCUUCCUGCAUCCUGUGCUGGUCUGGCAUGCAACAAUACCAGGAACGAUGCUUCUGGUCACCGGCUUUUUCAACUUUAUUCUAAGCAAGAAACCCAAAGUUCCUGUAGAUCAACAGGAGAGCGACCAAAGCCUGACCACUGUGUGCAUCACGGAAAAAACAGACAAAUCGUUCUCUUUUCUUAAGCUGGUGUGGAGAAGCAGGAAGGAGGAUCGUCUGGCUCUGACAAACAGUGACGAUGAGGAGGACCUCUGCGAGGCAGACGCCGGACUUCAGGUCCUGUCAAAGCCCAAACAGAAAAGGAGGGACUGGAGGCUCGUGUGUUUGCAGGGGCCAGAGGAGUGUGUGGAGCGAGAGAUGGAGGAGAUGGACGCGUCAUGUGGCACAAGCUCAGACAGAGCUCCCAUGAUCACAGACUGA